CCUUCUGCUCCAGUUCCGGUUCAGUCCAACAUGGCGGCUGUGAGCUGACAGCAGAGACUCAGAGUUUAUUUAAACACAUUUACAGUUACCUGGCGAACUAAAAAGGCUCCGGGACGGUUCAGCUGUUUUAUUUUAACUCGUUAUAAACCGACAGUUUGUGUCGGACUGCACAGGAAGCUGAUUACCGGAAACCAAUGAACCCAGUUGCUAGAGUUUCAGGUUCCACCGUGAUCGGUUCCAGAUGAACCAGUUCAGAUUCUGGUCCUGGUGACGAUGGAUCCAGUCUGACUCGACGACAGUAGACCACCAGAGUCAUGGAGAAGUUUGGGAUGAGUUUCGGGGGCGGUCCCAGCAGGAAGGAGCUGCUGGACACCAUCGAGUCCCAGAAGAAGCAGCUGGUCCAAUACCAGAGCCGCUUCAAGGACGUGGUCCGGGCCUACAAGAGUCUCCUGAAGGAGAAGGAGGCCUUGGAGGCCAGUCUGAAGGUCCUGACUGCGACGCAGGAGAUGGACCUGAACCAUCAGGGCCGGGACACCACCACCACCACCGUGGACCUCCCAGAGGACGGCUGCUCACUGCACAGUGAGGACAGCGUGGACACGGCAGCGUCUGUAGACACACCCAGUGAGACCACCAGAGGGGACCAGAGUGAGGAGGACCAGGGGGAACUCGGAGGACGGUCCAGCUCAGUGAAGUCCGACCCGGACGCCGGCAGCUCGGAGACCAGCAGUGUGGGGGCGGAGCAGCAUCAACAGGCCACGCCUCCUCCCAGUACGGAGGCAGAUCGCCGAGUCUUCCAGCUGAAGAACCAACUGAGCACACUCACAAGUGCCCUAGCCACAGUGACACAGGAGAAGUCACGGAUGGAGGCGAGUUUCCAGGCCGACAAGCGUCAGCUGAAGCAGGAGGUGGAGGAGCUCCAGGACCGCCUGGUGGCCAUGAUGGCGCAGCAGGAGGCAGAGCUUGGUGCCCUGCAGCAGCAGUUGGCCGAGAGCCGUGCUCGCAUCAUCACGCAGCAGCAUGAGCGGGAGCAGGAGCAGGGAGACCACGUCCAGCAGCUCAGAGAGCUGCAGAAGAUCCUGCAGCAGGAACGAGACCUGCGACAAGAUGCAGAAAUCCGCCUGCAGGAUGCCAACACCACGCUGCUCAUGACAUCACAGGCCGUGGACCGGGGGGUGGAGUCUGAGGCUCACCUGAACCAGGUGAAGGAGCAGAGAGAUGAACUGAAGAGGAGGCUGCAGGCCGCCGAGGAGGACCAGAAGAAACCAGAUCCCAGAGUGGACGAACUGCAGCGAGAACUGACCGAGCUGAAAAACCACUUCCAGCAGCAGAUCCACAUCGAGACCCGGAAGGUGUGCGAGGCGGAGGAACGAGCUCGUGAGCGUGCUCAGGCUGCAGAGACGAGGGUCGCAGGUCUGGAGCAGCGAGUGUCUGAACUGUCGGAGCUGUUGGGCUCCAGUGAGAAGUCGAGGCACCGAGACCAGCAGACGGCUCAGAGACUCCGAGACCGCAUCCUGCAGCUUGACACCGAGAACAAAACGCUCGCCAUCGCAGCCUCCACUAGGAUGACCUCUGACAUCAGCGUAGACGAGUCACAGCUGGAUGUCGGCGUGCUGAAGGAGAAGCUGGAGAAGGUGAAGAAGCUGCUGCUGCUGGCGGCUCAGAGGAACCCGGACCAGAACAUCCAGAACCUGGCGGAGACUGAGGCGGAGCCGGGUGGAGACAAAACCACAGCGUUUUACCAGCAGGAGCUGCGGCAGCUCAAAGAUGAAUUUGAGCGCUACAAGCUGCGAGCGCAGGUGGUACUGAAGAACAAAAACGCCAAAGAUGGCUGCCAGGCGAAGGAGCUGGAGGAGGUGCGGGACCAGCUGGCCGAGCUGAAGGAGAAGUACAUCAACCUGCGGAUCCAGAGUGAUGAGGCCGAGACAAAACACCGCCGCCAGCUGGAGGAGCGGCAGCAGCAGUUGGCGGCACUGCAGCAGACUCACAGACAGGAAGUAGAGCGAGUGGAGGUGCUGCACCGCGAAGACCUGCUGCGACUGGAGGCUGAGCUACACAAACAGAGGGAGAGGACCAUGGCGCUGCUGGACGAGAAGGACCAGGAGCUGGAGAGGCUGCGGGCUGCCGCUCCGAUCUGCAACAUAGACGCUGACAGGAUGGCUGACGACGAGCACGAGUCUGGGCUGGAGAACGAGGGUGACUUCAUCAGCCAGGCCCUGCGCCGGGCGACGCCCAAUGAGCCCACAAUGCUGCUUUAUGCCGAGCAGCUGGCCAGGAAAGAGGCGGAGGUGGGUGGCCUGCGGCGGCAGAAGCACCGGCUGGAGGAGGACCUCCACCAGCUGCAGGCCAAGCUCAUUGCCAAUGGAGAGCGCCAUGAGGAGGAGGCGGGCGAGCUGCGAGCACAUCUCGACAAACUGAUCAGAGACCAGAGCAGAGAGGGCGCCAACAUGGAGUACCUGAAGAAUGUCAUCUACAGGUUCCUGACGCUGCAGGAUGCCAGCGGGAAACAGCAGACGCUUGGUGCCAUCCUGACCAUCCUGCACUUCAGCCCACAGGAGAAACGUGACGUCAUGAGGCUGCAGGGACACACCUGGUGGAGCUCCAACAGGAAGUAAAACACCUGAAAGAAACAUCAUGAUGCUUUGGGAGCCUGUAGUUUAUGUGAGAGUUUAAAUUAACAGAAGAAGAGUGAUGUCUGGUUUCAGUCUGAACUGUGUGAACACUACAAACAUGAACACAUGAAUAUAUGAAUGAAUAAAUGAAUAUCUGACGGUGUCACUGUGACGAAACAUUAAAAAGUAACUUGACUGUAUAUUUUUGAUUCACUUGUUGAAAUUAAAAUAUUUUUUCUUGCUUCACGAA